AUGGUGGCAGGGGGAAAGGGCCUUUUCGAUAUUCUUCUGCAAGAGCUCCAGCCUGCAUACACAGCUCUGGGCAACCUACCAGCCCGCAAAUCCAGUCAAACCUGCUCAUCAGAUGAUCUAUCUCACGUGGAGACCAGGUCGCGACACCGCCUCCACUCAUCUCUGUCUCGAAGCUCCCGUCAUUGCCAGCCCGAUCAAGCGCCAGCCUCCCUAGGGUCAAGGCUUUACUACCGCGGGCCUCUCAGUGGUUCGAAGCCGAAGCACCCCCGUAUCGACCAAGGUUGGAGAAAUUGGCCCCAAUCUGGUGACAAGACGCCCGUGGUCCAGGAAUCUAUUUAUGAUUCGCAAGACAAAGGAGAGGGUGCUGGCUGCCCCCUCCCCGCUAUGUCGCAUCAGUCAAGCCAGGCGAACAAUCCUGGCGGGAGUACAGACGAUAGAGGGCUUGACCCGGUAGUGCGGUUCAACAUGCAGAAGCGAUGGAUGAUAGACCAGAAAACUUGUGAUCUGUACCGCAUGGCAUAG